GGACAACAUUCGUUUUCAAUCGUAACAAAGCAGUCAGGUAAAGAGCAAGUCACAAGUGAAACAGUUUUCGUUCAUAAAAAGUUUAUUUUUGUAUUGUUAAUUGCUUAAAACCAAACAAUAAUGAAAUUCCAAUAUAAAGAAGAACAUCCAUUCGAAAAACGCCGUGCUGAAGGUGACAAAAUUCGUAGGAAGUACCCAGACCGUGUACCUGUCAUCGUAGAGAAGGCACCCAAAGCUCGCAUUGGUGAUUUGGAUAAGAAAAAAUAUUUGGUUCCUUCUGAUUUAACUGUUGGACAAUUUUAUUUCUUGAUUCGUAAACGUAUUCAUUUGCGCCCCGAAGAUGCUUUAUUUUUCUUUGUUAACAAUGUAAUUCCACCAACAUCUGCAACCAUGGGUUCCCUUUAUCAGGAACAUCAUGAAGAGGAUUACUUCUUGUAUAUCGCUUAUUCAGAUGAAAAUGUUUACGGCAAAGUUUAAGCAUUUAUUAAACACUUCACUUAAAACUGAUAGCUGGCUAAUGAUGAAUGUAUUGGUGGAGAAUGGCUUAAAAGGAAAUUACUACAAUUUUCAUUAAAUUAAUAAUUAUAUUUACAAAUAAAAGUGUUUAAAUUUAUUAUAUAAAAAAAAACUAAAAACUAAUUUAAUUAUAGUAAUGCUACAAAACAUAGUUAUAAAAUAUUUAAAAAAAUUGCUAAAUAUAUAUUUUUAUUAGCAGUAGUUUUAAUAACAUUUUGAUUUCAUUUUUUCUAUUGUAUUUAAUUUUUCUUAAAUAUUUCUUUAGGGACUCGAAAUAAAAUUGUGUGGGGUUUUAUUUUGUGGAAAGAUAUAAAAAAACUGAAUUUAAUUAAAACAUAUUGUAUACAUAUUUCUUUUCUUUUUCAGUUUUUAUAAGUAUAUAAUGUAAUGACAAAAAUAUUUUAAUUAAUCUACAUACAUAGUUAUAAUAAAAUUUUAAGAAACUAGGCUUCGUGUCUAAAAUAAU